AUGGGGUCCAUGGGGCUCCAGAUAAUGGGCAUUGCCCUGGCCGUGCUGGGCUGGCUGGCUUCCAUGCUCACCUGCGCGCUGCCCAUGUGGCGGGUGACGGCCUUUAUCGGCAGCAACAUCGUGACUGCUCAGACCGUCUGGGAGGGUCUGUGGAUGAACUGCGUGGUCCAGAGCACCGGCCAGAUGCAAUGCAAGGUAUACGACUCGCUGCUGGCCCUGCCCCAGGAUCUGCAGGCCGCCAGGGCCCUGGUGGUCAUCUGCAUCAUCGUGGCAGCCCUCGGAGUCCUCCUGUCCCUGGUGGGUGGCAAGUGUACCAACUGUGUGGAAGAUGAGACCUCCAAAGCCAAGACCAUGAUUGUGGCUGGCGUUGUCUUUAUCCUGGCUGGCAUCUUAGUCAUUAUUCCCACCUCCUGGACUGCCCACAACGUUAUCCGGGACUUCUACAAUCCUUUGGUGGCCUCUGGACAGAAGAGGGAGAUGGGUGCUUCUCUGUACAUUGGCUGGGCUGCCUCAGGCCUGCUCCUGCUUGGAGGGGCUCUGCUCUGCUGCAACUGUCCACCCCGGAGUGAGAAGUCCUAUUCAGCUAAGUACACUGCCGCGCGCUCUGCCCCCACCAGCAACUACGUGUAG